ACACGAAAUUUGAAUGAGAUCUAAAGGUCCAGCCAAGGAAUCAACAUUCCACCUCAGUUUCAGACUGCACAGUUGGUCCAGCAGAGGAAAUAUGAAUAACUCAGUGCUUCCCAAUCUUGUGUUUCUUUCUUUAUCCUUACUGGUCUUCACAAAUGGUGUGUUUGGUGAUGAGACAGAAGAUGUUCUGGUGAUGGAGGGGGAGACUGUCACGCUACACACAGGUGUUGAAAAACAGAAAGAUGAUCUGAUGGUAUGGUAUUACGGACCUGGAAAAACUGUAGUUGCCCAAAUCAACGGAAAGGCCAGUAACAACAUAAUAGGUGAAAGGUUUACUGGCAGAGUGCAGUUGGAUACUCAGACUGGAUCCCUCACCUUCACAAACAUCAGAACAACAGACUCUGGACUUUAUAAUCUUAAGAUCACCAGCAACAAUAGAGUUUCAUACAAGAGAUUCAGUGUUUCUGUCUAUGAUCAUCUUCCCGUUCCUGUUAUUAUCAGAGAUACUUCACAAUAUUCUUCAUCAUCUGGAAGUUCAUCAGUCUCUAAAUGUUCACUGGUGUGUUCAGUGGUGAAUGUGAGUGAUGUGACUCUCUCCUGGUACAAAGGAAACAGUUUAAUCUCCAGCAUCAGUGUGUCUGAUCUCAGCAUCAGUGUCUCUCUACCUCUGGAGGUUGAAUAUCAGGAUAAAAACACCUACAGCUGUGUGAUCAACAAUCCCAUCAGCAACCAGACACAACAUCUGGACAUCAGUCAACUCUGUCAGCCAUGUGCAGGUUCCUGCUUUGAAACCACAAAUUCUCCAGUGCUUUUAAUUGCAGUGCUGGUCUCUGUAGUCUCUGUACUAGCACUUGGAGUGCUUGGAGCUGUGAUAUACUAUAGGAAAAAAAGAGGAGGAUAUCAAAAAGCCAACUUGAUGCAAUCUGGACACACUGAAAUCAGCAAAGGAGCUCUGAUGGCCAAAGAAAGCAAACAUAAAAUCCAGGAAGUCUGAAGAUGCAAACAGGGAUCCAUCGAUUCUAGCGAUGUUUGUUUUUUCUUUCUUCUCUUCAUUGAUAUCACUUAUCUCCAGCGGCCAGAAACAUUUACAUUUUUGAACACAAAACAAGUCUAUACAGUGGAAGUCAGUGGGAACUAGAAUGGUUUGGUUACCAAUAUUCUUCAAAAUAUAUAUUUUUUUAAGAAGAAUGAAAGCUAUACAGGUUUGAAAUGACAUGACAAUGAAUAAAUCCUUUUUGGCUGACAUAAGCCUUAACCCUUUAAGGCAAUAAGUUAGAAAUGAGAAAGAAAGGAGAAGAAAGAGGACAUUUUAGUAAAAAAAAAAAAAACAAUUAUAGCUAGACUAAGCUAAACCUGUCUACUAAAGUGGUGCAGGGAUGACGUAUUUUAGGUGAACCCUAAGUUAGCAUCGUCUUUAUUUCCUUAACAAAAAUAAGGGUAAAUCCAGCCCUGACCAUAAAGAAUAUGGCCAUAACACCAAGGAUUACAGUAAAAGUAUAUACAAAGAGUAUAUACAGUAAAAAAAUAGUUUCAAUCAGUAUUAUUGCAGCACUGUGAAAGUUGUUAGAGACUUUAAAAAAGGGAUAACUGCCAAGUCAUCCUCAAUACUGUAAUUACUGUAAUAAAGAAAUAGCUGCUAGGGCUUACUGUAAAUACAGGGUUUUAACUCGUACUUUGUGUGCAUUACUGUGUGCACCCUUACAUGUAGAAAGGCUGAGAUGAGCUUUGAUUCAUCAUCUUUUUCUUUACCACCUCUGUUAUUUUAAUGGUUGUCUAUUCAUGAUAAAGGUACAAAACAACGUUUUUGAUGGGAGACCUGUAAGGCUAGAAACAACCCUGCCUCUUCCUGAAAUAUUUUUCAGUAUUCGAGGUUCCGCAUCUAUCCCAUCGAUAAUUGGAGCUUUUUAGUUUGGCAUGUGUUUCUUAGCCCAUGCUAGUUCCAAAAUAAUGUUGUAAACCACGCCAUAUAGCCAAUUCAUCAGCUAUAUGCCGGUCCCAAGCCCGGAUAAAUGGUGAGGGUCGCUAUUAAUGCUAACUUGUUUCCAAGUUUUAGGUCUCAUUCAUGCACCACUAUAAAGGUUGCAGGCUCUGAACAAAAUUUUCAGCCAAAUUUAGACAAAACUCAUUUUUCUGGCUGCCGAUAGUGAACAACAAUGUAUCAGCUGUGGAUCAUUCAGGUAGCAACACAGUAUUAAAAAUCUGUAUAUAUCUGUAAAUGUGUACAUUUUUGAUUACAUUUCAUUUUUAUAAAUUCAACUAUUAUUUUGUCCUGUGGACUAUAUGUAAACAUCUUUUAUGUGAAAUAUCUUAUGUAUAUAAGACUGGAAUUUUAGUGAGUUUGAAGAAAAAGUAUUUGAUGGAUGUAUAAUAUGUGUCGAGAGCAUUCACUGAGUAUCAUCAUCUCAUUUUUGACCGAGAUGGCUUUGAGCUGGUUUUGCAUCUUAACUCUUCAUAUAAUAUAAUAUAUAAGCAUAUUCAAAUAAUUGUAUUUUAUCA